UUGGUUAGAGUUUUGGUUUACCAAAUCAUAACAAGGACAACACCGGACCGAAAUAAAUAAAACUAUGAUCUCAUUACCUUACUAAUUUGACUCAUUCAUUUCUUUCUAUUAACUUUGUGAAAGUUUCUUAGUGUUCACCAUAAUUUUUAAGAAAUGCAACAGUCUCCGUUCGAGAAUAUUUUCAAUAUUAUAGGUGGCAUAACAGAGGGCAAUGAGAAACCCAUGAAACAUGGAUUUUAUAAUGCUUUUGCUUUAUUUAUACUAGCAGUAUGUUGUGCAGCUGUUUAUGUACUAUUUCUUAUCCUAGAACCAUUCUUCAAGCCUUUGUUUUGGGCUUUAUUGGUAGGUUCAAUACUGCAUCCCUUCAAGUAUAGACUCUCUCAAAAAUUGAAAACAUGGUUUGAGGAUCUGGAGAAAUCAAACACAUCUGUGAUAUUUGGAUUAAUGGUCAUACCAGUGAAUGUUGUUAACUUGGCAUCGGAUACUGUUGGGCAUCAGUUUAAAGAACAUUACAAGACUGUAAUAGGCCUGUUGCUGUCAAUUUUUGUGCUGCCAUGGCUGUACAACUCGGUGCCAAGAAGUUUUUCCUGCAUCUUCUGGCAGUUCACGAGUUUUAUCCGAUUCUCCACUACAAUGCUCAUAACCUUAUGCAGCUCCUAUAUUACUUUAACAAUAGUCCUGGCGUAUCUCAUAAGUGUGUUCACACUAUGGACACCGCAACGAGCCAUGAUGUUUCGAACCACUUCUGCUCUCCUUUGGCUUGUGAUCACGAGCUUCCUCGCUAGUCUGUGUGGCUCGUUCCAAGUUUAUGUGUUUGUGAUACUACAGACUAUAUGCAUUACAGGAUUCUUUUUGGAGGUUUUGGAUGUACACAAGAAAUUGUUAGUUCAUGAUCCAGAUGCCUCUAUGAUCACAGCAAUACAUGAAGUUUUCACUAAUGGUCAGAAAGAGGUCACACAAAAACUUAUUGAGGAUAAGUCUCAAGAAACUAGUCACCCAACUCCCAGUGACCAGGAGUCAACUCCUGAAAAAGAUACUCCAUCACCAAUCACCCCAGACCCGGUGCAAAGAGGAAGCUGGUCUACCGCUGAACCCACACAAAGCUCACCAAGGCAUAAUGUUAAAAAGUUAUACAAAACAAAAACAUUGUCUGAUCUACCCAUUGGUAAAAUGAAGUCAGCGUACGAAAACAGGUUGAUUGCAGCUUUUAAGCAAAGAUCUCUAGAUGAGAAUUAUAUGAAAAAUAAUUUCAAUAAUGAUGAAGAAACUGCCUUGUAUUUUAAAUUAUUGUUCUUUGGAUGUUUCUGUAUGUUGGUAUUCAAACACAUAUGGCUGUUGCCUGUUCUCUUAUUCUUUCUGGCUAUACAUGUUUUGAAGAGGCUGCUGGAGUAUUUCGGAGUUUGGUUGUUCUUUGAAAACCAAUACAAUAAUGUUAUGGGAAAAAUUAAGAACUGGUGGAAUCAAAGAGAAUCAGCGUUAGUCCCAGCGCACAUUCGCGGCGUCGGUAAAAUGAUGUCAAUAUGCAAUAAUAGCAUGCGAGAGAUGGGCUAUGGCUCAGUGGACACUGUCUCUAGUUGCUUCGUCAUCAUUGGACUCAUAUUGUUUCUCACUGUCGCCAUCAUAUUUAUAUGUAUACAGAUAUAUUCGGAAGCAAUAGUAGUGGUGCAAUUAAGCGGUAGUUUACUCAACAGUACUUUUGUACAAAAUAGCGAGCUGCACGCAUAUCUACCUGAAGGCUGGGAGGAGAAACUAGACUCGCUUAUUGACAACGCCUAUACCUACGGGAGGGAAGGAAUCUCUACAGCGGUCAAGAGUAUACUUAAAGAGGGUGAUCCUGAGAAGAUUGCUCGCGUGGAGCAGCAAAUCCUGGAGAUUUGGGACCGCGUAUACCAGAGCUGGGUUUCUGGGCACUUCACCUCACCAGUGGGGCCUCAGGUCGACGGCACCGCCAUACAGGAUUCCUGGGAGAACUUCGUCAAUGAUUUCACUAAAACACCAGGUCUAUUCGAUUACUCUGGGCUGGUAUCGUGGGUUCAGGCUAACGUGGGUACGCUUAGUGCUAUAGCGAGCAGCAUAUGGGCCCCACUGGCGAGCAACGUGUCUCUCCUGGCCGGUUCCGUGGGAGCGUUCACAUCACUAUUGCUGUGCGGAGGUGGCGCCAUCAUUAACAUGUUUAUCAAUUUGGUGGUGUUCUUCACGACUCUCUUCUACCUGCUUGCAUCCAGCAACGCUUUAUACAAACCCGUGGAAGUCAUCACACAAGUACAGCCCAACUUCGGACCGAGGCUCGGGAUAGCUCUCUCUGUUGCGAUUAAUCAGGUUUUCAGGGCCUCAUUCAAAAUGGCAUUAUUCUACGGGCUAUGGACAUGGCUAGUCCACAAUCUGUUUGGCGCUAAAGUCGUAUAUCUGCCAUCAGUACUUGCAGCAGUGUUGGGCGCUGCGCCCUUCCUCGGUCCUUACUUAGCGGGAAUUCCUGCUGCUUUGGACGUAUGGCUACAAGGCCGGCCAAUGAUGGCACUCCUGCUUCCUAUAGCACAAGCGGCGCCUAUAGCCUUCCUUGAUGCGGCUGUAUACGCAGAAAUAAAGGAUGGAGGCCACCCGUACGUGACGGGUUUGGCCAUCGCGGGCGGUAUCUUCUACCUCGGCCCAGAAGGCGCGAUCCUCGGUCCACUGCUAUUGUGCUGCCUCAUGGUAGUCCUGAAUCUCUCCUCCGCCUUCCUUAGGGAUACUCCAUCAGAAGAAAGAGCGGCGUUGCACUCGAGAGCGAGGCUGGGUGUUUAUUUCUGACGGGCUUGCAUGGAAGACUAACGCUAAUACACUCAUUUUGUCUAUGAUUUGUAGGCAAUUAAUUUAUAUAUUAAUU